AUGACGACCUCUCAAUCUGGCAAGGGCACCAAGACCGUGUUCACUUUGAACACCGGGGCUAAGAUGCCUGGCGUUGGCCUGGGCACCUGGCAAUCGAAGCCCAACGAAGUCCGCGAAGCAGUCAAGAACGCCCUCCUCGCAGGCUACCGUCACAUUGACACUGCCCUGGCAUAUGGCAAUGAAGCAGAAGUGGGUCAGGGAAUCAAAGACUCCGGCAUUCCUCGCAGUGAGAUCUGGAUCACCACGAAGCUCGACAAUCCAUGGCACAAACGCGUUCAGGAGGGCCUCGCGUCGUCGCUGAAGAGCCUGGACACUGAUUACAUCGACUUGUACCUGAUGCACUGGCCCAGUUCCACGGUUGCUGAAGAUCUCAAUAAGCACUAUGACGAUUGGAACUUCAUCGACACUUGGCGCGAGAUGCAGAAGCUCCUUGGUACCGGCAAGGUUCGAAAUAUCGGCGUGUCCAAUUUUGUCAUCUCUAACCUGGAGAAACUCCUCAACGACCCAUCUUGCAAAGUAGUCCCCGCGGUCAAUCAAAUCGAACUCCAUCCCAACAUGCCCUCACCCAAGACCAUCGCCUACUGCAAAGAGAAAGGCAUCCACUGUACUGCAUACUCCUGUUUGGGUUCAACCGACUCACCGUUGGCACAUGAUAAGACACUGGCCGCCAUUGCUGAGGCUCAUGGCAAGACUCCUCAGCAAGUGCUCCUGGUGUGGAACCUCCAACGGGGCUGCUCCGUCAUACCGAAGAGCGUCAACAAAGCACGGAUUGAGUCAAACUUUCAGCUGGAUGGCUUCGAGUUGACUCCCGAGGAGAUGGAGAAAUUGAGUAGCAUCAAGGAUCGGUUCAAAGUCUGCGGCGAUGCCUGGUUACCGGUACGAGUGUUCUUCAACGAGGAGGGCGAUGGUGGCGAUAGUCCUUCUCACUAG